CUGCGGCACCCGCGAGUACCGCUGCGACUGCGGCACCCUCUUCUCACGGAGGGACAGCUUCAUCACCCACAGGGCCUUCUGCGACGCCCUGGCGCAGGAGAGCGCCAGGCUGCCGCCGACGAGCCUGAGCAGCCUCACCAGCCACCUCUACGGGGCUACUAACGCUGGCAACAUGGCGCUGAGCCUGUCCCAGGUGGGAUCCCACCUCAACUCCACCCUGCAGCAUGACGGUCACCACCCCCUCGCCGCGCGCCUCGACCACCUCCUGUCGCCCUCUGGCGCGUCAGCGUUCCGCCCGCCUCAGCAGCAGCCCCAGUCGGCCUUCUUCCUCAACGCGGCGCCGGGGCAGGAUUUCGGGGACGAGGCGGGCAAUGGGUCACACUCCUACCUGCAGUCCAAGCCGUUCCAUGGCCUCAUGCAGCUCCCAGACCUCCAGGGCAAUGGUGCGGGAGGGCCCGCCUCUUCGGGCCAUGGCCUCUUCAACCUGGGCUUCUUCUCCAACAAUGGCAAUAGCUCCGGGUCUAGUCAUGAGCAUGCAAGCCAGGGAAUGAUGAGCAACGACCAGUUCAGCGGCGGAGCUGGCGGCGGUGGCUCUGAGGUAUCAGCAGCGGCGAUUUUCGGCGGGAACUUUGUUGGUGGUGAUCACAUUUCGCAGGCUGGGAUGUACAACGACCAGGCGCCCAUGCUGCCUCAGAUGUCUGCGACCGCACUGCUCCAGAAGGCGGCGCAGAUGGGCGCGACCUCCAGCCCCAACGGCGCGGCGUCCAUGUUCCGGGGCUUCGUGGGCUCUUCGCCGCACGGGCGACAGGGGACACCGCAGCAGCAGAUGGACCAGAACGAUGCGAACCUGAACGAGCUGAUGAACUCUCUGGCUGCUGGCGGCGGCGUCAAUGCCGCGGCGAUGUUUGGCGGCGCUAACGGCGGUCCCGCCGGGAUGUUUGAUCCAAGGAUGUGCGACAUGGAUCAGCACGAGGUGAAAUUCAGCCAGGGAGGAGGUGGUGUUGGUGGCAACGGUGGUGGUGCUGGCGGCGGCGGCGGCGGCGACAUGACGCGGGACUUUCUUGGCGUGGGCGGAGGCGGCAUCGUGCGCGGGAUAUCGACACCGAGAGGAGACCACCAUCAGAGCAGCAGCGACAUGAGUUCCUUGGAGGCCGAGAUGAAGUCGGCUUCGUCCUUCAACGGAGGCCGGAUGCCAUGAUCGACGGAUCGAUCAAGCUUACACAAGCGUAAGCUCCGAUCUGUCGAGUGAGUCUGAGACUUGAAGCAACCUGGAAUUAGCGCAUGCAUGCAUGAGAGGAGUAAGGUUAGCGAGUUAGCAACUAAGUUGAUCGCAUGAGUAAGGUUACAUGCAUGGGAUAAGGCUACCUAGCUAAGCUCUCCAUGGCCUGAAGACUUGGAGUACCGUGAAAGAGAGGCGUCUUCUGAGACUAAUUAAGUAAUUAGCUAGUGCGAGUGAACGCUUGCAUGUGAUGACGACCCUAGCUUGGUCGUCGAGGAGUUUGGGGUCUGUGUUCUUGUUCUUGUCGUCUGUUUUCCUUCCCUGUAAUUGGAUGUUUGUUGGGUUAAAUAUAGUUCCCGAGAUAGAAGAACCAAUAAGACUAUUUUGAAGUUUCAACAAAAAAAACCCUUUUAUUAGUAUUA